CCAGUAUACCCCGAUAUCAGCACCCAGAAUCCACCCCAAAGUCGCAGAACCCAAGAUGAGAAAAGACGAGCCCCCAAACAGACAAAACCACCACCGCUAAAGUCCUAAUAAGAUCUAGGUGGAUGAUGCACGACUGCCUUGAUUCAAGCCCCCCUAUUUGCAUCCCCACGCUGCAUGCAUGGCACAUCAAGAUCCGACCCUCCCUCCAUUUCGUCCUUCCGUGAACUUAAUACACCACGCCAUGCAGAGCUUUGGUCCCCCAUCCAAGCUUUUCCAGCCAUCCACCGGGUCAGCUGGUAUCGCCGGACCCCCGGUGGAUGCCACACCCGUUGCCCACCACACGGCUCGUCCACCGAAGCAGCUGCAGCUAGGGAAAUCCUGCAGCCGUAGCCCAAAGUCAGGGUGGUUGCAGGUCGGCAGCAACUCCACACAUUGUCUAUCUGCCGUCGUCGCACGGAUAUAGGCAGCCGGGACAGCACAGAUCAACUGGAGCCCGUGCGGUGUUACCCUCCUUCGGAGUCAACGACGCGGGUGUACUGCAUUCUGAUAACGGUACGAGCAUCUGCAUUCAUUGCACAACACCACAACGGGUGCACUGACCGGUGAACGAGCUCGACUGGCAGACAGGUAGAUCGAGACUGAUAUACUAGUAGUAAUGUCCGAAGGCUCGUGCUAGCCAUGCCGUGCCAUGCCAUGCUCUGAUCCGAGCGCCAUAAAGUUGCAGAAACCGGAAACCGCGCCGGCGG